AUGCGCUAUGUCUUGAUUCUUGCCAAUGGGCAAUUUGGUUGGUCCAAUGAUAUGCAUUACGGCCCUCUUCACAACUAUCUGAAUGCUCUUUGCCCCCUUACACCUCAACAAGAGAAGAUAGCAUGUCUCCUAGGGUUUGGCACUCCUUCCACCUACACGUCCACGCUGGCCACUACCCAAAUCUUCACUGCUCGCUCUGGUGUACUUUUCCAAAAUGGGCUGUGGGUGCAGGAGCUGUGA